CUACUUAGACGCCAUUUUUGCGUAGGAUCUGUUGUUACGCUGUUGAUUAUCUUACGAAAUAUAUCGUAAUUUUCAUGUGUGCGACACAUUUUGUGCAUUAAAUUUUAUUCUUAAUGAAUAACUAAAACACAAGUAUUGUGUGGUCAUAUACAGUGCGUGGCUCAGUUGCCGUAUCGUCGAUAUAUCGUGUGCGCGGGAAAUCUGUCUGGAUCUAAUGCCUCUGCCUACUACCAAACAUAUCUAAUAUUUAUGUUGUUUAUCUUCAAGAUCUGCCUGGAAAAUGAUUUCCCAGAGAGUUCGGGAUAUGCGGAAAGGAAGAAUGAUUAAAAUGACAAAAAAUGUGGAACGUCUGUAUAAAGAAGGAAAGUGUCGUGAUUGUUCUGUAGUGGUAACUCGGAUGGACUUUGCCAAGAUUUUGGGCAAAUUUACAAAGGUUAAAAUUCAGUAUGAAAGUAGUACGACACCAAAAACGAAAAAAGACAGUGUACCUACUGUAAACUCUUCUGCAAAAUUGAAAAAGAGUGAAAAUGGGAUGGUGCAUAUUAAUAGGAAGGCAUAUAACCAGCAUCCGAUAAACGAGUCGGUGAACCCUAGAAAGCCAAGGAAUACAAAGCAAGCAUUACCUGUUUCAUCGCCACGUCAGGCUAGCAAUAUAUUGAAAGAAAACAACAGGUUAAAAAAAGGGCCCAAUGUGAAAGAUAAGAAUUCCAAUUACAAUCAACAGAUAGUUAACUCUAACCUAAAAAGUUAUGGGAUUAUUUUUAUUAAUCCUAAUGUAAAUAACAACAAUGAUAUUAAAAGUAAAAUAAAUUUGUCAGAAUUACUGCCUGAUAUUAAUAAAAGUAUACUACCAAAUGAUGAAUGGGUUAUAGAUUAUUUUCCUAAAAGCGAGGAACCUAAAGAAGACAAAGUGUAUGACCGAAUUGCAGCCGAGUUAGAGGACCUUAUGUAUAAUGAGAAAUCAUCAAGUUUAGUUGACAAACCUGAUACUGAUAAUAAGGUGGAUGACUUUCCCUCUAUUAUGGAUAUCUUGAAUGAUAGUACACCUAAUAGUUCUAAGCCGAAUGACCAAAGUAACACAUUUAAGCCUAAUUUAGAGUCUAGUGAUGUAGAAGCAAUGUUGCUCGGUAAAACCAGCACAGAGACAAGUCAACCAGAAACAGUGCCCAUGGAUGUGGAAAACACAGAUAUGGCCAAUUUGAUUGGAGAAGUAGGCCCUGUAGAUGCCAUUCCUGAUACAGUCAAGAACCAACCAACUGACCAUAAGCAAGGGGAAUCUAGUGAGAAGGAUGUCAUCUCCCAUUUAAGUAACCCAUCUAUCAUUGAUGAGACUAUACAAAAAGGUAUAGAAGAACAAUUGAUAUUUGAUAAUUCAAUGAAAGAUACUGAAGAAAAAUCGGAAAAUAAAGAAAGCAAUGAAAGUAAAGUCACUCCAAUGGACAUGGAGGUUGUGGCUGAUGAUAAAGCUAAAUCUGUCAGUGAUUCUGUUGUACCUAAGACUGAAGUUGUAACCCAUGUAAUUUUUAAACAGACUAUCGAUGGCAAAUGUUACCGGUGUGUAACCUGUCCUAAAAACUUAAAAUAUAGCAUUGAGCUUAAUGGCAAAGCUGUUGAGUUCAUAGGAGCGCCCAAGUUUAUUUCCAGUUUAGAAGACCUACAAGUUUUAUUACAAAUUGUAAACGAAAGCCACUUGGAGAGUCUCUAUGUACUUCAUUAAAUAAUUAUUUGCUGAAA